CAUACAAAUUGCGGCAGUGCCUACGUUAUCGAUAAGCGAGUGGACUUGCCCGUAUCAAAAAUUUGUUCGGACCCCUCCACAUCCCGCCAUUGCGAUCGCGAAACUGACUACCGGAUUCCUCCCCUCUUGCUCCAUAUAUAAAUUCAGCUGGCGCAUCAAUGGCGGCGAGCACAGAAGCAGCUCCAGCGGCCUGUAAGGUCGUGCUGGCCAAGAAUGUGGCCAACGGUUUGCUUCAAGAGGUCCAUGAGGGCUUGAAGGCCUUGGAGAAGGGCCCUCAUCUUGUCGGCUUCCUGGCCAACAAUGACCCUGCCGCGCGCAUGUAUGCGGAUUGGACGGCGAAGACUUGCUCGGAAAAUGGAUUCCGUUAUACCCUCCGCGAAGUCUCAAAGGAAACUAUUGAAGAGGCAAUCCUGGCUGCCAACACCGACAACGAAGUCGACGGAAUUAUCGUGUACUACCCGAUCUUCAACAACAGACAAGACCAGUACCUCCAGCAGAUCGUCGAUGUGUCGAAGGAUGUUGAGGGUCUCAGUCACCGCUACAUCUUCAACAUGUACCAAAACAUCCGUUUCUUGGACCCGGAAACUAAGCGCCAGAAGUCGAUUCUGCCCUGCACUCCGCUGGCCGUGAUCAAGAUUCUCGAAUACCUCCACAUCUACAACACAAUCUUGCCUUAUGGUAACCGGUUGUUCGGAAAGACAAUCUGUGUCGUAAACCGUUCGGAGGUUGUUGGCAGACCGCUUGCGGCGCUAUUGGCCAACGACGGUGCUCACGUAUACAGCGUCGACAUUACGGGUGUCCAGGAGUUCACUCGUGGCGAGGGUAUUAAGAAGCGAAGACACGAAGUCGUGGACAAGGAGGGCUGGACUCUAGCCGACUGUGCUCCCCUGUGUGAUGUUGUCAUCACUGGUGUUCCUGGGGACAAAUUCAAGUUCGACACGAAGCUCCUGAAGGAGGGUGCUGUUUGUGUGAACUUCUCCAGUGAGAAGAACUUUGGACCCGAAGUGAAGGAAAGGGCGUCCAUCUUUGUCCCCUCCAUCGGAAAGGUCACCAUUUGCGUUCUGAUGAGAAACCUUUUGAGACUUGUGCAGAACCGAAGGGCGGAUGAUGCGAAGCCCGCCGCCCCAACGGAGAAGCCCGGUACCCUUGAAGCCAGCUCAUAAUUAGAUUAGUCUCGUUGAAGAUGAUGAAUUUGGACAUAAAGGCUAAAAGUAUAGACACUGCGGAAAUGGGUUCUUUAAAAAACAUUGAGAUAAUCUCAGAAACGUCCAUGAAUCGUGAAAAAUCCCAUGAUCCUCUAAUAGGGAAUGAAUGCGUGUUCUAAAUGGAGGAUGAAAUUAUGUACAUAUAUGCAGUGAUGAUGGCGUUAGAGUUACAAAUCCAGAAUA